UGGCGGCGUUCGAGAAGGCGGGCCGGGGCGGGGCGGCCGAGCGGCCGGGGCGGGGCCACAGACGGGCCCCGCGCGUCCCGCUCCCAUGGCCGCCCCCGGCUCCCCGCGCUGCCCCCUCUCCCCCGGGCCGCGCCCCGGGGCCCCGCACUGACGGCCCAUGGCGCCGCCCGCCGCCCGCCUCGCCUUGCUCUCCGCCGCCGCGCUCACGCUGGCGGCCCGGCCCGCGCCCAGCCAGGUUCUCGGCCCAGGACCCGAGUGUUUCACAGCCAACGGUGCGGAUUACAGGGGAACACAGAACUGGACAGCACUGCAAGGCGGGAAGCCAUGCCUGUUCUGGAACGAGACUUUCCAGCAUCCCUACAACACUCUGAAAUAUCCCAACGGGGAGGGGGGCCUGGGUGACCAUAACUAUUGCAGAAACCCAGAUGGAGAUGUGAGCCCCUGGUGCUACGUGGCCGAGCAUGAGGAUGGUGUCUACUGGAAAUACUGCGAAAUUCCUGCUUGUCAGAUGCCUGGAAACCUUGGCUGCUAUAAGGAUCAUGGAAACCCACCUCCUCUGACUGGCACCAGUAAAACGUCCAACAAACUUACCAUCCAGACUUGCAUCAGUUUUUGUCGGAGUCAGAGGUUCAAGUUUGCCGGGAUGGAGUCGGGCUACGCUUGCUUCUGUGGAAACAAUCCUGACUACUGGAAGUAUGGGGAGGCAGUCAGCACCGAGUGCAACAGCGUCUGCUUCGGGGAUCACACCCAGCCCUGUGGUGGCGACGGCAGGGUCAUCCUCUUCGACACCCGCGUCGGCGCCUGUGGUGGGAAUUACUCAGCCAUGACUUCCGUGAUCUACUCUCCUGACUUUCCUGACACCUAUGCCACAGGGCGGGUCUGCUACUGGACCAUUCGUGUCCCAGGAGCCUCCCACAUCCACUUCAACUUCACCUUAUUUGACAUCAGGGAUUCCGCAGACAUGGUGGAGCUGCUGGACGGCUACACCCACCGCGUCCUGGUCCGCUUCAGUGGAAGGAACCGCCCUCCUCUGUCCUUCAACAUCUCUCUGGAUUUCAUCAUCUUAUAUUUCUUCUCCGAUCGCAUCAAUCAGGCCCAGGGAUUCGCUGUCUUAUACCAAGCUGUCAAGGAGGAACUACCACAAGACAGGCCCACUGUCAACCAGACCCAGGCCGAGGUGAUCACAGAGCAGGCCAACCUCAACACCAGCGCUGCCCGGUCCUCCAAAGUCCUCUAUGUCAUCACCACCAGCCCCAGCCACCCACCCCAGACUGUCCCAGGUAGCAAUUCCUGGGCAUCAUCAAUGGGGGCUGGAAGCCACAGAGUUGAAGGAUGGACAGUGUAUGGCCUAGCAACCCUCCUCAUCCUCACAGUCACUGCCAUCGUAGCAAAGAUACUGCUGCAUGUCACGUUCAAAUCCCAUCGUGUUCCUGCUUCCGGGGACCUCAGGGAUUGUCAUCAGCCAGGGGCUUCCGGGGAAAUCUGGAGCAUUUUCUAUAAGCCUUCCACUUCGAUCUCCAUCUUCAAGAAGAAGCUCAAGGGUCAAAGCCAGCAAGAUGACCGCAACCCCCUUACUGGGAAGAAGCUGUGCUCCAGGGGCAGGCACAGCCUGAAGUCCUCCUGUUUCCCCAGCUACCCUGGAGCCUGGCCCUCCCCAUGUCUCUCUGACCCAGCCAUGGGGAUGCCAGGACGGUGGGGCCAAGAAGAUGGAGACGCUGGAGGCCAGCCUUGGGCUCAGACACAUUCUGGGUACCUGUAGGGUGGUGGAUAGGUCAGCAUAUGUCAAGUUCUUCUUGAUUCUCUGUUUGGGCCACAUACAGAUCAGUUCGUCCUGGUCAUCAUGGUUUAGAAUGGGACUGUCCUAGGAGAAUUCUCAGGUUCUUUUGAGGGCUGGGCUGUCUGGUCCUGUACAAGCAUGGACACCUGGGCGUUAGCACCCACAAAAGGUGAAGAGAGCCAGGGCUUCCUGCUGUGCUUGGUACUUUACUCUCUGGGUGCUGGGUGGGAAUGGGCAUCCCCCAACCUGGGAAGGCCUGAGAAUAGGGUCUCACCUUUCCUGUUCAUGUCAAACCCAACACCUUUAACACAGGCUUCUUUCCAGUGCUACUUGGUGUGGCUCAGCUCCAGGGAUGGUCAGGAUGGUCAUGUAAAACAUGGAGCAGUCCUUGCCAGGAGCCUUUAGGGGUACUCUGUACCUACAGGUUGGAUUGGGUUUUCAUGGCCUCCCCUACAGUAGGUACAGCCCGAGUCUCUCCACAUUCUCUCAGCCAACUCUUAGUUCAGAACAGGGAGGGAUAAACAUUAUGACGCAGCCCCUGGGCAGCACUGUGUGAGACAUGGGGCCUACCACCCCCUCUUAGGGCGCCUCCCAUUUACAAAAAAAGAAAGAUGAAAAACACCAAGACUGGUGCUCUGCACUAAGCGGGCAGUGAAUAGGGUUAGGAAUGGCUCACUGAGGGGGCCGAGGGGGUUCCUUGGCCACAGCUCACGCCACCACAUCCCACACACAAGGAGGGGAACAGCAGGCUGGUGUGUGGAAGGGAGGCCUUAGGAACUGGAGGUCAUGCCAAGAUCGGCCCUAAGAUUGAGAGCUCCAGCUGCCUGGCGCGGCUGUGAGAGGGAGUGCCAUCUGUAACGUGCAAGUCCCCACCUUCCGGAAGCAGGCUUGUCAACAGCAGCUGGGGAGGGCAGCCUGGGCCUCUGCGGGCCAGGCCCAGGCCUUUAUCUGAGCGAGGUUUUCCCACAGGCACUUGGACCUUGGUGCUUGUUGUGCCUUUGGCCUCUUGCCCCAUUGUGUCCCCUCCCCCUUCUUCCCCACACACACACUCUCGGGAGCACCCUGCUUGCUUCCCCCAGGUCCGUAAAGCACUGCCUACUGCAGCUCCUCCUGGAUUCUGCCCUUCUCCCCAGUCUGUGCCCAGGUGCUCCUAAGAGGACAGAGGCUGGUGUGGGGGCAGCCAGGAAGUGUCUGCAGGGAGAGGUGACACUCAGUCACCCAAGUCCAAGCGGGCGAGGGGCAUUUACAGAAGGGAAGCGGGAAGCAUGUCUGUGGGGGCGGGGCGCCGUCCUGUUGGGAAUGAGGAGCAGCAUGCAGGACUGUCUCCCAGCUUUGAUCUGGAGCAGCUGGCAGCUGAACCCGUCACACACAAGGGCUGCGGAAGCAGACAGACAUGUGCAGUCUCCCCCCCGCCCCAGCCGGUCGUGGCUUCUGGGGAAUUUCCCCUCAAAGGCUAGCGUCAGGUGUGCAUUCACCCAGGACCAGGCGCCGGGAACAGAUGCCUGCGCAGCACAGUGGGUGUGGGUGUCUGGCAGUCAGCCCUGGGAGGGGGCCUGCCUGGCCGCAGAGCAGUUGUUCAGCCACCCUGGCCAAUGCCAGUCCCUGGCCUUGGGGCUCCAGGCCCACACCCCAAGCUGUACGUUGUCUGACGAGCAACUGGAGCACACCUUUCUCACAGAGCCCAAGAAGGGCUAGUGAUGUCCCUCGCAACCCAGGGCCUUCCCCAGGCCCGGCCCGCCCAGCAUCUCUGGAAUCGACUUCCAAUCCAGGAAGCAGCCCCAAGAAACCCAAGCCUGCCUCAGGACAGCACAGGAAGACGGAGGCCAUCCAUUGUCCUUCCCAUAAAACAUCACUGCAGCCACAGUCUACCCUCAGGGCCUGUCAGUAAUAAUAACCCGCAAAGGGCCUCCAGUGACCAAGGACACCUGACAAGAGAUGACAUAUGCUGUAAGGAGAAAGCAUUUGAUCUUGUAGGACACACCUUUAAAAGAGAAAAAAUGGUUGAAAGUCACUGGAAAAGAGCCAAGUCCAGAUGAACACAAAGUAGGCAGCUGCCCAAGGCAGGCAGGAGGAGCUCAGAGCUCCUUGCUCAAAGCCUGGCCUUGGGUGACAGCUGGCACCCAGGCUCUGCCUCCUGACAUGCAUGUCCGCAGAAGGACACUCAUCAGCCCAUCUUGUCACCCCCAUCCAAGCUGGCUGUCCCUGGGGACCAGCUCCCUGUCUCUGACUGCAUCUCACAGUACCCUGUGGUCGCCCCUCCUGGUCCAGCAGUUUGCAAAGCAGAGAACGAACAAGAGUGAGGCCUCUUCUGGGUAUGGGUGAGGUCACUGGACUGUUCCAACUCCUCAGUGUGGGUUUUGGCUCAGGACUCCCAACCAGCUAGAAGCCUACAGGGAUCAAAGCACUAGCAAGUACAGCUGUCCCAGCCCUUGGACUUACCCCCUGCAUGGCUUCUACGUGGGCACCUUCCCACCCUUCACCAUCAGCCCACACUCACUUCUGCCUGACCAGCCCCAGGAUCUGCCUGCAGCCCUGCCAUGCUGACCUAACACCUCGAGGCUCCUGGGCUGUUGUCCACCUGUGUGCAGCCUUGGUACCACACGCACUUAGCCUUCACCAGCACUUACAGUGGGUGGCCUCACGGAUGUCCCACUCCAGGUCUUCACUACUUUCCCAGCCCAGGGCACCUGGUCUCCAAUCUCCCCCGUUUGGUGUUUGGUACUUGCUUUUUGUUUUGUUAUUACCUUGGGAAUGUGUAACUUUUUGGUUGUCUCCUCUGGUGUCUUUGUUUACCUUCCCGCUGUUCUACCUCUUGGCCAGGCCUCUCAGCUCAGCUGCCCUGACGUGGGGUGUUUCUCAUACCUUCCAGCCACAGCUUACUUCCCUCAGGCUGACUGGCACAGGGAGUAAAGGGGCUUCACCCGCUGCCUGUGGGCCUGUCUCCCAGGCAGAGGUGCAUGUGGCGGACGGUCAGAGGUCAGGCCCCAUCCCCAACCCCAGCUUCAGGAUGGAAGUAUCUAGAAGCCUGGGCCAGAGGUGCCUUUGUUGCCUGGGCCGGGAGCAUCAAGACCUGCCCCACAUCCACCAUUGUGCCUCUCAGCAGGGGAUUUUGACUUUGGAUGACAAGGCUUUAUUUGUAAAUACGCUCUUAAUUACACAACUUUGAGAAUAAAAUAGAAACAUCAUGUAUUUUAAAAUAUAAGAUGAAGUGUGAUGCACUGUAUACAAUUUAAUAUAUAUUUUUUAGGAUUUUGUUAUUUAAGAAAAAAAUGGAAUGUAACGGUACUUAACUUUUACAAAAGAAAGAAAAAAAUGUUAUUUUUACUGUCUGGAGGAAAUAAAUAUUCUCAUUGUUGUAGACACCACU